AUGGAGACGUACUUUCUCCGUGGAUCGUCGUCGAUCCAGGCAGCGCCAUCUUCUGUACUUAAGGAGCGACUAUUCGCUCGUAGAUCCAAUCCCAACCGGUGUCGCUCUUUCCUUAAGAUGCGUAUCUUAUUGUGUACAGUAUGCGCCAUACUACCGUUUCUCGCCCAAAUAUCAGCAGAUGAGGAAGGAGUAGUUAAGGCAGAGCUGAACGAUGAGUCGAAACAAAUCCUGAAAAAGGUGACAGAGCUUCGAGAGCAGGGAAAGAAAGAGCUUGAAAAAAUUUCGGAGAAGGAAGAACGGGACUUGGUCGAAACGAUGGCGAUCGAGGCCGAAGUGAAGGAUCUCAAAGCGGCAACUGUGGCUCGACCGAAACGUGAUACCCCACCGACAUUGGACCUCUUCUCCCUACUUAAACCUAAAACAUCAGACAGUGAGACGAACAAGGCUCGUCAAGCCCGACAAGCACUCGCCAAAGCACGUCGCGCGCGACGCAAUAAGCAGCGUCGCGCGGCGGCCGCCGCUCGACGUAAGGCGAAAGCGCGACAACAUCGUGCGGCCGUACGUGCGAGAAUCACAGCGUCACGGAAGCGAGCCGCAGACGCGAAGCGUGAGGACCAACUCAAGAAGGAAUGA